UGCCUCCGUCUGGGAAGAGAAUGCAUUCUCCGUGAGACCGGUCGCCGGUUCAAUGGCUUUCAAAAGGAUCGGAAGAUCGAGGCUCUCGAAUCGAGGAUCAAGGAGCUUCUGACCGAUCGAGCUGCAACCUCGGAGGAACGGUCAGAAGACCCUUCGGAUUUAGCGAGCAACGUCGGGAAUACGUCCGUGCUUGAUGGCGCAAGUGACCUGCACGAUGUUGUUGACCGAGGGUUUCUGAGCAUGGAGACGGCUGAAAGGUAUCUAGAGGCUUUCCAGACGAUUAUGACCCCGCAGUUUCCCUUUGUGGUUGUUCCUCCCCGGGUAUCUGCAAUGCAGCUACGGCAGGACCGACCCUUCUUGUUUCUGGCAAUCCUUGCCUCUGCAUCGUACGAAAACAUGCCAUUACAACGGUUAUUAGGAGCGGAAGUCAAGAAGGUCGUUGCCUCUCGUAUGGUCCUCAAUGGGGAUGUCUCCUUUGACUUGCUGCAAGGGCUAUUGGUAUUCUUGGCCUGGUCCCAUUAUCAUGCGAAGCCGCGUAGCUACACCCAAUUACUUCAACUGGCCGUUAGCCUUAUCGUCGAUUUGCGACUGGAUAGACCGCCAGAAACGAAAACGUGGAAAACCAAACUGCUCUUUGCGCCACAGUACGACCUGAAUGAUGAGACAAAUAGCCGACAAUCUUGGCAUAAUGACGAGAAAAGAGUGCUCAUUGGCUGUUAUUACUUAUCGUCGUCGGCUGCAAUUCUUGUACAGAAGCAAUCUGGUUUCCACUACACACCAUACGUCGAAAAAUGCUGCCAGACUCUCUAUGACGAGCCGGAAUAUUUGCAUGAUAAAUACCUCAUCUACACUGUUCAACUGCAGUGCAUCGCAGAAAAAAUCGACCGGCUAUCUGCAAGUCAUGGACAAGAGCUGACGAGACCGGGAUCGGGAACUGAGCUCUAUGUCACUAAUAUAAAAUCCGAACUCGAAGCGCUGCAAAAUCGAAUAUCCUUCAAUAUUGACGAUACCCCCUUCCUCGCCAUUCAUUUCCACACGACCGCCCUCUCUUUGUACCAGCUUGCUCUCACUAUGGCUGGACAGCAUCAUACUCAAAAAUCUGCAACCUCACAGUCCUGGCAGGACGAAAUGUCCUGUGCGGCGCUCAACGCCGCUGAGUCCACGCUCAAGUUAUACCUUUCGCUACCUGCUGACUUGGAAUUUGGGCUUGUCAACACACAGUGGCUGCAACUGGCAUUUGCAAUGCUUGUUGCCUACCGUCUAACUGUUGCAAUCUCUAAACCAGAGCAAACCGCCGCCUUCGCUGACACACUGGCGCAAUUGCGAACGCGUGUCGGAGCAUUGUCGACUCCCCAUGUGGAUUUUAACGGUGAUCGAGAUGUUUUCUUCGGCUUUAGAAAACGUAUCGUCUACAUUCAGAGCAGACUUGACGGAAGUGGUAGCAAGGAAGGUCCAGCAGUGAGCAACAUGGGCACAGAUGGAGUGGAUUUUCCCUCGCAGGCACAAGAAUAUGAAACUACAGGGUUGGAUAAUUGGCUGCAAGGGGACCCGCUCAUGCCUAUGAUUGAAGAUGCGCAGUUGUCGCAUGAUCAUCUGUUUGAUACUUCCAUAUACCAGCUUAUGGGUAAUUGGAUGUAA